ACUCUCCCUGCCCUUGCCCCGUUCCAAGGUUGGCUCUAAGCCCGGCACGGCAUCGGAAACAAUGAGCAAUUGUGCUGCUGCCAAUGGAGCUGUAGAUGCUCUUUCAGAGCUGAAGGCUCUCUCCAAGAUUAUUCAAGACUCUAUCAGUUCCAUCGAAGCUUCUCUGGCAUCCAAGAAUACGGAGUUCCCUUCGCCUUACACCUCGAUAUCCGUUGAGUCGGAGGCAGCGCGCAUGCAGCCUGAGGUCGACAGAGCAUGUGCACUGAUUAUUUCCGCCGCCUACCAACUCAUCAAUUCCGUCCGUUCGCCGAGGCUCACCCUCAUAGUUGUGGGGACGCUGUACACUCUGUCCGCCGCGCUGGGCGUGGCUGCCGCGGCAAACGUGGCCGAAGUUUUGAGGGAAGCCGGCCCCAAUGGUGCCCAUGUCAUUGAGAUCGCUCGGGCAAGUAACAUUGAUCCGUCGAAGCUUGCUCGUGUCCUUCGCUUGCUCGCCACCAAUCACAUUUUCGUUGAGGUCGUGCCUGAUGUGUUUGCGCACAACCGCAUUUCUUCCUGCCUGGACACAGGAAAGUCUGUCAAAGCUAUCCUUGACAGCCCCGAGACCAAGCAUGUUGACACUGUCGGCUCCGUCGCAGGCGUGGGGCAUGUCACGGACGAGGCUAUGAAAUCAGGAGGGUAUCUGCAGGAGGCACUUUUCGACCAAAAAUUCGCCAGAUCACAGGAACCAAACGAGACCGCCCUGAAUAUUGCCUUUGACACCAAGCUCCCCGUUUGGGAAUGGUACGAGCAGAAGGGCAACGAGCAUCGUCGCCAGCGCUUUGGUAUUGCCAUGGAGGGCACAAAACAAGCAGUUCCACCUAACGCAAUCCUGGAGGGCUUCGACUGGAAGGAUCUCAACGAAGAUGCGGUUGUCGUGGACGUUGGCGGCGGAAUUGGCAGCCAAUCGAUGACACUGGCCCAGAACCACUCACAUCUGCGCUUCGUCGUUCAGGAUCGCGACCCGGUCGUCAAGGAUGCCGUUCAGUUCUGGGAUGGCCAAUUACCCGGUGCUUUAAAAUCUGGGAAGGUUACCUUGCAAGCACACGAUUUCUUCGCCCCUCAACCGGUCAGGAAUGCCUCAGUCUUCCUGCUACGCAACAUAAUGCAUGAUUGGUCCGACAAGUACUGUCUCCACAUUCUACGACAUCUCCGUGAUGCGGCCGCGCCAAACACUCGCCUCUUGGUCGUCGACAGCCUCAUUUUGUACGCAUGCGAGGAUGACGAUAGUGUGAAAGGCAUCCCUGGUGCCGAACGUUCUGUUCCGCCCAAGCCUCUGUUACCGAACAUGGGACAUGUCGCAACCGUCCCGUAUCACGGAGACAUUCAGAUGAUGGAGCUUCUUAACGGGAAAGAGCGCACGCUGAAGCAAAUGAAGGAGCUAAUGGAGCGGACAGGCUGGAAUGUCGUACAAGUUCACCAGUCUCUCGCUUUCAGUGCGGCCAAGGUCAUUGGUGUUCCAGCGUAGAGCUGUACGGGCAUCUCGCUUAAA